CUUUCAGAUUGUGAAGCUUGCAUCCAGCUCCAUACGGACUGAUCACUUUGGAAGCCCUGCAACGCCUCCAAAGAUUUCCACAAGCUGACCAUGGGGUUGAUGGCUGCUGCCUGCCGUCGCUCAGCUUGUCUAGUGUUCCAGUGUGGCCUCGCUCGACCUUCAGCAGAGAGUUGCCUUCCAGGCCAGAGGAAUGUAUGGACAUGCAUCGCACCCCGGCCUGGUGGUGCUUGGAUUGCAAGCAGAUCUCCUGCCAAUCGCUUUCCAGUGAUGAAACAACAGUCUAGAACUGUGCAAGAAGGACAUCGAUUGCGGUGGUCAUCUCGUGUAGCCGCUUCCUCGACAGCGCUUGCUGAGAUGGAAGCUCCUGCGGAAUCUAGUGGAUCAGCACUAAUAUUCACCACUCCUGGCUGCCCCUUUUGCCGAAGGGCAAAGAAUGUCCUCAGAGAGAAGGGAAUUGAGUAUCAAGAGAUUGAUGUAAGCACGGAUCCAAACAUCAGGAGUACAGUGCAGCAAGUAGCAGGAAGAAAAACUGUGCCGGUUGUUUAUGUCAAUGGAGUUCUGGUGGGAGGGGCGGACGACCUAGAUCAGGUCAUACAAGCGGGAGAUCUCGAAUCCAUCCUUCAAAAACAAAGCGAGCCUCUGCCAGAAGCGUUGGCUUCUGUUCUAGAAGAAUCCAGUAAAAAUGAAGAAAAAGAGACCGAAACGAGCACAUCUGAAGUUCCUGAGGAAGUAAAAGAGGAGGAGAAACGCUUAGAAGCUAUUGCAACCAAGAUGAGAGAUCCCAAGCAAGGAGUGAAAACCAAGACAGAACUCAAGGGCCUCACUGUGCUGAACAACGUGUUCACCGGUGCGGAAGCGCUUGACUGGUUGUUACACAAUGGGGAGGAAGAUUACGAAUCCGCUUUGAGGACGGGCACAGCAUUGCAGGAGCGCCACUACCUGCACCACAUAGAGCACGCAGAGCCGUUCACUGCCAGCCCCUCCAAGCUGUACAUGUUCGUCGAGGAGGAGGCCCCUAUCAGCAGUGCGCUGAAUGCCAGGAAACCGUUUCUGAAACCGGCGCGAUCAGCAACACAGGUUGCGGGCGAGCUGCGCAGGCGUAUCCUGGAGCUCUAUGAUGAGGCUCUGUCCAAGGACGGCAAGUCGGUGUCUUACUCCCAGCUUGCCGCAAGUCCUACAUAUGCGGCUUAUCGAGAAGCUACGGAGGAGCUUCAACGGGUGGACUUGUACUCAAUGAGCCGGCAGGAGAAGAUGGCCUUCUUCAUCAACGUGUACAACGCGCUGGUCGUGCAUGGCUUCGUGGCGGAGGGGACGCCUUCCUCCUUCUUCGACCGCCUCUUCUUCUACAGUCGAACAAAGUACCACAUCGACGGCCACGACUACUCCCUGGACGACAUCGAGCACGGCGUGCUGCGCGGCAACCGCCCCAAGUCGGCCAGCCUGCUCAAGCAGCGGCCCUUCGGGCCCAAAGAUCCCCGCCGCUUCCAUGCGAUCCCCCCAGUCGACCCGCGGAUCCACUUCGCGCUCAACUGCGGGGCCAAGUCCUGCCCGCCGAUCAAGCUGUACACGCCAGAAAAUCUCGACGAAGGGUUGGAGGGCGCGGCCUCCGCUUUCGUCGAAGGGGAGGUUGACGUGGACGGGGACUCUGGAGCGGUCACUUUGUCCAAGAUAAUGGACUGGUACAAGGAGGACUUUGGCAGCACCCCCGAGGAGCGCCUGAAGUGGCUGCUGCCAUACCUGCCGAAGGAAAAGAGUCAGGUACUCGCCAAGCUGAUCAAGAAGGCCAGGUUUACGAUCCAGUACAGCAAGUAUGACUGGGCCGUGAAUGAAUAAGUAGGUACUAGGUGCAUGCCUAACCAAGUGGAGCUCUGUAGGCGGAAGUGGUUGACCUAUCUGUCAGCUCAAUACGAAGCGAGCACCGAGAGUAGGAAUGAUCUCACGGUGAAUUAUAGUUGUCACGGACCUGCUAGUCAUGGUCAAGCGGAGACAUUGCUAACGUUAUAGACAAACUUAGCCUAUGCAUAUACAACAAAGACGGAGCACUGCAGUAUACAAGUCAAGUCUUUUUGGUGGAGCUAGAUCCACAUCUUUAUCAUGGUCAUAGUCCCAGCAUAUAGUUUCAAAGGUCAGUAUAACAAUCACAUAGACACAUACAUCCAGUUUGCGACGUACCACUUGACCGUCAUUUCGAUCAUGAACUAGCAGUCGGUAAUUUUCAAAACGUACUGGCAUAUUGCAUGCGGCAGCGCCACA